GUCUCCUUCCACUUUUUCCUCCCAUCAUCACCACUAACCCCUUUUCCAGUUCCGCAGAUUCAGCACCCCGGCGCCACAACCGGCCUCGACGCGAACAACAACCCCUACGUUUAUAUUUCCGGCCUCCACGGCUCCGGCCGCCUCCCCCAGCCGCCUCCCCUCACUCACCCUGGCUUUCCUGCCGCGAACCUCAUCAACUCCACCGGUGGUGCUGGUGCCGAGCCUGGGUUCAACUACUUCUUUCCUACCGAGCACGCCGAUGUUAUUGUGCUGCAGAGUGCGGUUGCGCCCUGGAAGUUGACGGAGGGGUAUACUCGGUUGGACUAUUGGACUGUCAAGGUGCCGGGGAAUAUUACCAUGGGGGAGUUGCUGGCUGGAUUAGGGGUGAGCAGCGGGAAUGGGGGGUUGUAUGUUGUUUAUCAGCAGGGGAAUGGGAAGUGGGAGCAUCAGGAGAGUAUGACGGGGGUGGAUGGGAGGUUGAUGCGGCGGAGUGUGAGGGAGAUGGGGUGGUGCAGGAGGGGCAGGGAGGGGAAGGUGAGGAGGACUUAUAUUUGGGUUCAGAGGGUUUAA